UCAGCUACAACGCUGGGAUCAGCGCGUGCGAGAAGGGCGAGCAAUGGCAGCGGGCGCUGGCGCUGCUGAGCGAGAUGUGGGAGGCGAAGCUGGAACACGACGUCAUCAGCUACAACGCUGGGGUCAGCGCGUGCGAGAAGGGCGAGCAGUGGCAGCGGGCGCUGGCGCUGCUGAGCGAGAUGCGGGAGGUGAUGCUUGAGCCCAACGUCAUCAGCUGCAACGCUGGGAUCAGCGCGUGCGAGAAAGGCGAGCAGUGGCAGCGGGCGCUGGCGCUGCUGAGCGAGAUGCGGGAGGCGAAGCUGGAGCCCAACGUUAUCAGCUACAACGCUGGGAUCAGCGCGUGCGAGAAGGGCGAGCAAUGGCAGCGGGCGCUGGCGCUGCUGAGCGAGAUGUGGGAGGCGAAGCUGAAUGGCAGCGGGCGCUGGCGCUGCUGA